GUGACAGCUGACAGAAGAGGACCCCAUGGGGCAGACCUACGUCACUAGAACCCUGGCCAAAGUGGAAAUGUGGCCAGGCAGGAACCCCCAAAGUAGCCUCUGGCUGCAGAGCUCUUCACAAAAGGAAGAGUAAACUGGGGUGUUGAGGUCAAGCUAGGCCUCGGGGCCCCUGGAAAACUGUGGGAUAAGGUUGCAGAUAAAUCCCAGGCCCAGACCGGCCUAAAGACUUACAGCCCAGAAGUUUCCACCCUGGGUGUGGCAUCCCAACAAGGAAGCAUCCAUCCAAGAAGUCCAAGACUCCCAGGAGGCCUGGAAGCAGCGCCCUGGGGUAGACCUGCAUGGACAUCCCCAUCAGCACCAGAGACUUCCGCUGCCUGCAGCUGGCCUGUGUGGCCCUCGGCCUGGUGGCCGGCAGCAUCAUCAUCGGUGUCUCCGUGUCCAAGGCCGCCGCUGCUGUGGGUGGUAUCUUCCUUGGUGCUGCUGGGCUCGGGCUCCUCAUCUUCGCCUACCCCUUCCUGAAGGCUCAGUUCAACCUGGACCACAUCCUACCUGCCAUAGGAAACCUGAGAAUCCAUCCUAACUCAGGACCAGACCAUGGGGAGGGAAGAUCUAGCAACAACAGCAAUAAAGAAGGAGCCCGCAGUGGCCUGUCCACAGUGACCAGAACCCUGGAGAAGCUGAAGCCUGGAGGCCGGGGAACUGAGGAGGGCUAAGCACUGCCUCCUGCCUCACCCCACUCCCCACACUCCAGUCUCAGGGCCCUCCUUCAAGCUGGAAGAUGUGGAGAUGAGCCCUAGGAAUGCUGGGCCUACCUUCUCUUCCAGUGAUGCUCUCCCUAACAGAUUCCUUCACUCUUGGAAUCUUGGAAAGACCCACAGGACCCCCUUCCCUGGCCUCAUUGUUCUGUACAACACCUGAACUUUGUUCCUUCAUUGAUCCUUUAUUGGAAUUUGAUCAAGGG